AAGCGAUGAGUGAGCAAAAAGCUUAAUUUAGUAACACGUCAACAAAAGGGAAAUACGUGAUCAACGGUUAAUUUCUUAAAGAUUUCAUGAGAUGGAGUUUUAGUUGCCUUCAGAAUUUUGCAUUCUUUUCCGAUAGCCAUGUGUGUCACAAAACAUACCACUAAAAUAUCGAUGUUGUCAUGACAAGUUCACGGAAGUGAAAACUUGCACAACAUUGGGCGGCCAUUUACAGACAACCAACAGCGAGUUCAGAGUGACGUGUCUGUUUACACGACAUAAUCAUUUGACAGGGCACAAAUUACGCUGACCAUCUGAAAUCGUAAUCAUGGCGUUGGAGCCUCCAUCUGCCCAAAUACUGGAUAUGCUUUUUGAUCAGAAUGACGGGGUUUUGAAGGAGGAACUAAAAGACGUGCAGACCAUAGAUUUCAAUGAUCUUGACAUUGACCUCCUGCAAGACAACAUAUUUGAUUCCCUGCUGACAGACGAAGCCUUGGAUCAGCAAAUCCAGCCACAGAGCGAGCCCUCAAAGAAAGUGCUUACAGAUCAUGACUAUUACGCUCACAUCCCCAGCGAGCACAGUGACAGUGGUGUGUCAUUAGAUUCAAUGUCGGACUCACCUCGUGGUUCAACAGAUAGACUAGAGACAGUGUCCAGUGAAGGACAGUAUUUGGAAUCAGUGGUCAGCCCGUUACAAUAUGGAACUGAGACAAUGUUCCCAUCAGACACAAGCCCUCUGGGGCUGGAGGACUUAGAAAUGCAGGAUGUAAAUGUGGAUUUCUCUGGUGUUGACUCAGCAAAUCUCAUGGACCAUUUUGAUCUCCUUGCAUCAAAUGACAAAGAAGUAUCUGUGAAUUUUGAUUCUGGGAGUGACAGUGACAUUUCACCAACAAACAACACCUCCUUUAUCACAGUCAGCAGCGGAGACAAGAAAACCGUUCAGAUCCUGAAGUUGUCCCAGUCCCAGUCUCACUCCCUGCCCUUCACAGUAAAGGAUGUGAAUCCAGAGGUUACAAGUACAUCCAAGUACCCUGACCUACAGCUGACAGAGGAGGAGAAAGAGCUGUUGUGUCGUGAGGGCGUGUCCCUACCCUCCCACUUACCUCUCACCAAGGAGGAGGAGAGAGCCCUUAAGUCCAUCCGCAGGAAGAUCCGCAACAAGGUGUCAGCAAAGGAAAGUCGCAAGAGAAAGAUGGAGUAUGUUGAUGGUUUAGAACAACGGGUCAAACUGUGCACCUCCGAGAACCAGAAUCUACACAAGAAAGUAACUGCUCUGGAGAAACAGAAUAUGUCUCUGCUAACCCAGCUGAAGAAGCUGCAGAUGAUGGUGACGGCCAAGUCAGGUCGACCUGCCCAGGCAACAACCUGUCUCGCUGUCUUGCUGUUGUCCUUCGCCCUGCUGGUGAUACCUAACUUCAACCCAUUCUCAAGAAGCAGCUCUGUCUCAGAUCUCAAGCAGAUGCCUAUGCCAGGGAAGUCCAGAAGCCUCUUGCACAGCAACGAUGCCUUGAAUGGGAACGAUGAUGACCCUUACGGUGUGUCUUUCAAACCCUCCUUGCCCUGGAAUGCCAAGACACCGGCCAUCCAACCCAUGAAAGGCAGGAUCAAGGCUAACGAAGAAAGUGACAUAAACACAGCAUCGGACUCCAAUGAGACGGCAGAAGUGGACCCAGAUUCCCUGAAUGGCCUGCUGCCAGUGGAGGAAAACGUUGUACAGGACACAGUAGACAUAAAUGACAAUGAUGGAAAAGAACAAUUUGCUCACAGACAACAAAAACUAGAGGAGGCAGACUUAUGAGUACUGACUUUCUUUUGUUUGUUAAUGUGUAACAAAGUUAUAUCUGGAUGACUGAUCAUAUACCUAGAUCACUGAAUCACUGAUCAUAUAACUGGAUCAUUGAAUCACUGAUUAUUUAACUGGAUCACUGAUCAUAUACUGGAUCACUGAUCAUUUAACUGGAUCACUGAUCAUUUAGCUGGAUCACUGAUCAUUUAACUGGAUCACUUAUAUAACUGGACUUGACGGUGAUCAGAGAUAUCCACUAAUUUGUCCUGUUUUGGCAGCAAAAAUUUGUCAUUCAUGUUUGUAGGUUUAUACUCUAACUGUCCGUCAGUAAUGACCGUCACAAUUUAACGGGUCAUUACUCUUUCACUUGGCACUUUCAUCUGUACAGUGCCAAAUAUGUUAGUUUUAAAUGAUGCAGCUGCCACCGAUCACAGUGCUAAAUUGUAUUUGCGCUUUGAGCAUGGACUGCAUGGAUACCGGCGCAUUACAAAUGGGUGAUGAUGAUGAUGAUGAAUUAAAAGAUGUGAACAUGAUGAGGGUGGUCUGUAGGAUGUAAUGUAGAUGCAGGCAUAAACAUUGUUUUCUCAGACACAGUAACAUCUGUGUUAAUGCUACACUACUGUGUGUUCAACUUGCCCAG